AAAAAAAAUUGGGCCAUGGCAGAAGAAUUUAAUGCAGGGAUUUGUGAAGAAACAUGGUGGAAUCCGACGAAACCCAUGUUCACAGGGUGUAAUUCUCCGCUGUUUUCUGAUAUCGGAAGCUUCGGGUUGGGAACCGAUAUGGUUGACAUCAAGGCAAGGUCCAACGAUUCUGAUCAUAAUUAUGGCACCAGUAUUUUGAUUGAUUCCACCUUACAGAUGAUGGGGUUCGGUCUUUCAUCGUCCACAACAUCAGACUGGAACCAGUUUUCCCUUCGGAGUAAUGGGAGAACCGAGUGUUUUGAUUCGAUUACGCAAGAAGUUACCGGUUCAAGGUUGAGUUCCGGUGAAGAUUGUCAGGGGUUAUCUUCUUGUUUUUCGAUGGGUUCAGCCUCAAAUGACUGCGCAUCGACGCUGUUACAAACUUUGUUCGAAAUCGAUCCACAAGUACCCCAACAACAAUCACUUUUCAACGACCAGUCAAUCAAUUACAUGUCUUCCACCGCCACUUACAGUGGUGCUCCUUCCAUAAGGCCAGCAUUGACAAAGCAGCAGCACCCUGCAGGUGGCUUGCAAUUCUCCAACGACACAUCCUUCUGGAACGCUUCCGCCACAGCAACAUGUGUAAACGACGUUAAACCCGGCUUUUCGCCUUCGCCGUUCGAAGAGAAACCGAAUUGCUCCAGCCCGACGACGAAGACUAAUGUCGAAGAAGUUCAAAAAAACUCAAGUUCAGUGAUGAAGAAAGGAAGUAGUACUGAAGCUCCAUUGAAAAGGCCAAGACUUGAAACUCCAUCGCCAUUACCAACUUUUAAGGUUAGGAAAGAGAAGCUAGGGGACCGAAUCACUGCCCUCCAGCAACUGGUUUCACCGUUCGGAAAGACUGAUACUGCAUCAGUUCUACAUGAAGCCAUCGAAUACAUCAUGUUCCUCCAUGAUCAAGUCAAUGUAUUAAGUACUCCAUAUAUGAAACAAGCAACAGCUUCCAUACAACAACAGAAUACUGAUAAGUUGAAAUACCAAGAAGGACCGAAACAAGACCUAAGAAGCCGGGGGCUGUGUUUAGUGCCGGUGUUGAGCACAUUCCCUGUUACCACUGAGACCCCGGUUGAUUUCUGGACACCGACGUUUGGUGCAGCUUUCAGGUAGAUCAGCAAAAUGGAGCUGUACAACAACUCCAGCAAUAGUAAUAGAGUAUCUAGAAAGAGAGCUACAAGAGAACAAAAGAUAAAGGACAAGUGCAGCUCCAAAGAUGGUCAGCUGCUACAAAGCAGGAAUGAUAAUGUAGGGCUAGCAAUAGGAAGACAACCAUAGGUUUUCUUUGUCUUUUUCAAUAAUCCAAGUUUUUUUACAUGUUAAUUAUGGUU